CUCCUUCAUAUAUAGGAAUCCCCCCUCGUACCAUCACCAUAUCCACCCUUCAAUUUUAAUUUCCACAUCUCUCUCUCUCUCUCUCUCUCGCCAGUAAUUAACAUGUUCAGGUCAUCGUCUCCGGAGCUCCCGGACUGUUUCUAUCCAAACAAGGAACCAAACUUAAUCACUCCGAACCGGCAGACCCCAACCCAUUCCUUGUACCUAUCCAACCUGGACGACCAGAGGUUCCUCAGAUUCUCCAUCAAAUACAUCUACCUCUUCAAGAAAUCCGUAAGCUCCCAAGCCCUCCAACUCUCUCUCUCCAAACUCCUGGUGGAUUACUACCCACUCGCCGGCAGGUUGAGAACUUGCGAGGAAAACGAUGAUCGGAAGCUGGAGAUUGACUGUAAUGGCGAGGGCGCCGUCUUCGCCGAAGCCUUCGCUGAUUUCACCGCCGAGGAGUUUCUAGAAUUUUCCAGAGUGCCAAACAGGUCCUGGAGGAAGCUUCUGUAUCGAGUGGAAGCUCGCACCUUCUUGGAUGUCCCUCCUCUUGUAGUUCAGGUGACGAAUCUCCUCUGCGGAGGAAUGAUCCUGUGCACCGCCAUCAAUCAUUGUGUGUGCGACGGCAUAGGCUCGUCGCAGUUCCUCCAAGCAUGGGCCCACCUCACUUCCAAACCAAACGCCGACGUUCCAAUCACACCCUUCCACAGCCGCCACGUGUUAAAGCCCCUCAAACCCUCAAAAGUUACCUUCACUCACCCCGGGUUUACCAAAACUACCCCCAACUGUCACGAGCCCGUGGACCCCACCAACCUGAAACAGUACCUGCAGUCGCAGCCCCUGGUGCCCUCCUCCUUAACCUUCACCCCCGCCCAUAUCCUGCGCCUCAAGAGGCAGUGCGUGCCGUCGCUAAAAUGCACCACCUUCGAGGCUCUGGCCGUUCACACGUGGCGCUCUUGGGUUAAGUCUCUGGACCUGCCGGCGUCGCGCGCCGUCAAGCUCCUUUUCUCCGUCAACGUCAGAGGCAGGCUAGAGCCGGCGGCGCCUCCGGGGUAUUACGGGAACGGGUUCGUGCUAGCGUGCGCCGAGAGCACCGUGAAGGAGGUAGUGAAUCCUAACUUGCGCAGCGGGGUGAAGCUGGUGCAGGAGGCUAAAUCGACUCUGACGGAUGACUACGUAAGGUCCAUCGUGGAUUUGUUGGAGGACAAAACGGUAAUAACGGACCUUUCUUCGAGUUUGGUGAUAUCGCAGUGGUCGAGAUUGGGAUUAGAAGAGUUGGAUUUUGGGGAUGGGAAGCCCUUGCACAUGGGGCCUCUGGGGAGCGACAUUUACUGUUUGUUUUUACCGGUGGCCGGGGACGGCGACGCCGUGAGAGUGCAGGUGUCGAUGCCGGAGAGCGUGGUGGACAGAUUUGAGUAUUACAUGGGAAAUAUUUGGGUUGGAGAGGAAAUUAAUGGUGACGUGGGAAAUGGACGUGACGAUCCAUUAGUGGGAAAUGGGUUGAUUUGAAGGGUGAAAUAAUUGAUAAAUUAAUGUAAUUUGGGAGUGACAUCUGACGCACAACUUUUUCUCUGUGUUUCUCUCUCUUACCUGCAUUUUGCCUCAAGUGGGAGGUGGCAGCUGCAUGCGCGCCGGCCCGCCCUUACCCUGCUUUGUGUAUUGACGUCUCCGACCUUUAGUUUUUAGUGUGGGUCCCGCACUAAUAGUUACCUGCGCUCCGGAGCUGUGUUUUAAGACUUAAUUAUAUGUUUAUUAAAUAGGAAUCAAAUAAAAUAAAUUUAAUUUU